CGAAAGACUCAAUUUUAAAAAAGAAAAAAAAAGAAGAUUAGAGAGGAAAGGAGAGGAGACGAAACCUUAUCGGUGGUGAUGGGCCAAGCGCCGUCGUCUACUACGGAAUCGAACGGAAGAGAGGUAGUAGUAGAUCUCAGGCUAUGGUCUGUGUCUCCGGCGAUUGUUUGCGGUGGUGGUGGUGGAGAAUCGAUGGAUGCGGGGAAAAGCGAUCGCGAUUUCACUCUAGAUCUACCAGACGAGUGCUUAGCUCACGUGUUUCAGUACCUCGGAGCCGGAGAUCGGAAACGAUGCUCUCUCGUUUGCAAACGGUGGCUGUUCGUCGACGGUCAGAACCGUCACCGUUUAUCUCUCGACGCUAGAGCCGAGAUCUCCUCGUUUUUGACGUCCAUGUUCAACCGGUUCGAUUCCGUUACGAAGCUCGCUCUCCGGUGCGAUCGGAAGUCCGUUAGCUUGAGCGAUGAAGCUUUGGUGGUGAUCUCCGUUCGUUGUUUGAAUCUGACGCGCGUGAAGCUUCGCGGUUGCCGAGAGAUCACGGAUCUGGGGAUGGUGGAGUUCGCUAAGAACUGUGGGAAUCUGAAGAAGCUUUCUGUCGGAUCUUGCAACUUCGGAGCGAAGGGAGUCAACGCGAUGCUCGAGCAUUGCAAGCUUCUUGAGGAGCUGUCGGUGAAGAGGCUGAGAGGGAUUCACGAAGCGGCUGGGUUGAUUCAUUUGCCUUCGUCUUCUUCGCUUAGAUCUAUUUGCUUGAAGGAGCUUGUUAACGGUCAGGUGUUUGAGCCUUUGGUUGCUGGUACUAGGACGCUGAAGACGCUCAAGAUUAUACGUUGUUUGGGUGAUUGGGAUAAGGUUUUACAGAUGAUCGGUGAAGGAGAGAGUUCGUUGAGUGAGAUUCACCUGGAGAGGCUCCAAGUGAGUGACUUUGGGCUUUCCGCGGUGUCGAAAUGCUCAAAGGUUGAGACUUUGCAUAUAGUGAAGACACCGGAGUGCUCCAACUUUGGUUUGAUCGAUGUCGCCGAGAGAUGCAAGCUGCUGAGGAAGCUUCAUAUAGAUGGUUGGAGGACUAAUAAGAUUGGCGACGAAGGUCUGCUGGCUGUAGCUAGGCACUGCUUGAACUUGCAAGAGCUAGUGCUGAUCGGUGUGAACGCAACGCACAAGAGUAUAUCAGCCAUUGCUUCGAACUGCGAGAAACUCGAGAGGCUAGCGCUAUGCGGGAGUGGAACGAUAGGGGAUACGGAGAUCGCUUGCAUCGCUAAGAAAUGCGGGGCGUUGAGGAAGUUCUGUAUCAAAGGAUGUGCGGUUUCGGAUCUAGGGAUCGAGGCGCUAGCUGCUGGGUGUCCUAACCUGGUGAAGCUGAAGGUGAAGAAAUGUAAAGUGGUGACUGGAGAGAUUGGAGAGUGGCUUAGGGAACAGAGGAGGACGCUUGUGGUGAGUAUGGAUGGUGAUGAAACGGAAGCAGCGGUUGCGGUUGAUGGUGAGAGUGAAGCAGCGGUGGAGGAGCCGAGGGUGGGUCAAGCGGGGGAGAUUGUUGGUUCAGGUAAUGGUGGUGGUGGUGGCGGUAGCGGAAACAAUGGAGGAAGUAGAUUAGCGACGAUUAGGUCAAAGUUUGGGUUCUUUGCUGGAAGGAACUUAGUAAGUUGCAGAUUCAGGAGGUGGUCUCAUCCUAAUAAUGACAAUGGUUCUAGUUCUACUUGAUCAGCUAUUACAAGUCCCCUAUAAAACGAAAAUUGUCAAAAAAAGCUUUUCUGCCUUCCUGUUUUGAUUUCUGUUUGUCUGUAAUCCUAUUUCAUGUGUGUGUGUGUGUGAAAGAAGAAGACUUUGUCAAUUAGAAAAGUCCAUUCCAAGGAAGAAUGUUAUUUGUUUUUC